AUGUUUUCAAUAUAAAUAGGCUUAAUAACAGCACUAUUCUUUAAGAUUUCUAUCUAAACUAAUAGAAUCCGCAGUCAUCCAAAUUAAACUUAUAUGGUAAAUGAAGAAUCUCUAGAAUUCUAAUUUUCUACUUAAGAGGCUCAUGUGAAAUUACUAAGGUUAAUUAGAAAUUGAAUUUCAUAGCAAUCCUGCAAUAUAUGACAUUAUUGUUUAUAGAAAUGAUUCAAAUUCAUUAGGUACUUACAUUGAAACACCCUUCCUUAGUUUAGACAAUCAAUACUUAGAUGAUUAAUAAUUAGACAAUGGUAAAAUAUAUAUAUAUAUUUUUAGAUUGUAUAGGUUUACCUAAACAUCCUAAAUUGACUGAAAUAUUUAGUGUUAAUUUAUUAGAUAAUACUGAAGAUAUUUACUAUACAGAUAUUUUAAUAUUGGGAUAACAAUAAAAGUAAGAGUUUUGUUUCAUUAAGAAUAUUUUUAUUGACAGAUGAAUUAGAAUUAAAACAGGCCGUACUAUAAUUUAAUUAAACCUAAUCUCCCCAAUGGAAUAUAUUAAUUAAAAACAUUUCUUACCAUCUUUAAACUUUGAUUUCUUAGCAAAUCAAUUAUACAAAUGCUUUUUUUGCAUGCUUCCAAACUGAUCAAGAUCGUUGUUUGAUUCUAUCUAAUUAUGGAGGUUUUUGGUUAAAUACUAAUUCAGAAAUAGAAAAUCCUAAUUUAAAUUUAGAACCAGUUAUAAUUCAAAGUGAAGACUUAAAUAAAGUUAGUAUUUGUGAAGAAUAUCUUGCUAUAGCAAAUGGUAAUGCUGGGGUUGAUCUCUAUUAAUAUAUCAAUAAACAACUAAUCUAUUUACUAACAAUAACAGCAUAAUAAUUAAAUUAAACAAUUGUAAAUAUUAUUUCUGUAAAAUUAUCUUCAUAAAGGAUAAGUAUAUUAGAUGAACAUACAGGAUUAUACAUUUUUUAAUUAUAAAAUGGAUAACUAUCUUUAGAUCUCACUAUACCAUAAUCAAGAUGUGUAGCAUUUGAUCAUUAUGAAAAUACUUAUUUGGUUGUUGCUGAAACACCAAAUAAUAUAGAAUAUAUGAUGGAGAUAUUCUUAUUACCUGAUACAAAAGAAUACUAUGUAAAUAGAAUAUAUGUUGAUGACUUCUCUUUUCGAGAUAUUGAAAUUGAUGAAGAUUAUGCAAUCAUUAUUGGUGAAGAUGUUCAUUUGGUUCUUAGACAUUCAAUUUUUAAUGGUUUCAUGAGGAAUAAUACAGAUUUAGUAAAAACCUUUUUUGAAGAUGAAUUAAUUAGAUUCCAAUAUUUUGAAAUGAAUGAAUCAGUUAAGACUUAAUUUAUGGAAACUUCAUAUUAUAUAGGUUUAUCUAAAGGAUCUUUGCAUAUUUGGAAAUUUAAUGAUUAUAAUCCAGUUAUUAUUUGUAAAUUCUAAUAUGGAAGAGAAUAAAAUUAUACACUUAAAGCCAAUACUUCCAAAUGUGAAGGACAUCAGAGUACAGAUUUAUUUGAAUAAUGUCAAAUUACACAAUAAUUAUCAAUCUAAGCAUCAGGACCCCUCUUAGAAUCUGAUUCAAAUUAUCUAAUUAUUGGAGUUUGUGUUUCAGUUGCAGUAUUUACUAUUAUUAAUAUUUUAGAUUAUUCUAACAAUUAUAGUCUUCAUUUUAUGUAGAAAAGGUAGAGCCUUAGCUAAGAGAAUAUAAGAAUUAAAGUAACAAGCUGAAGAAAUGAAAAAAUAUGGGGCAUUUUAAGAAUAAGAAUAAUAAUCUGCUGAACAUUGA